CCCUCCCUCCUUGAGCUGUCCUCGCCGUGAACGCGCUUGGUACCCCCCGGUCGCGAGGAGGAGGAGGAGGAUGUGGCGCGCGGAGGGGAAAUGGCUGCCGAAAACAAGCCGGAAGGACUGAAGAGAAUACGUAAUCCGGAUCGAAUGUACAGAACAGCCGUGGGAUACACUGGCCACGCUCCUCCCAAGGCUGUCAGCGACGACACGGACAGCAACAGUGAACAUGGACAUUUGAAAAUAUACCUGCCCAAGAAACUGCUCGAAUGUCUGCCCAAAUGCUCCUCCCUGCCCAAGGAGCGACACCGUUGGAACACCAAUGAGGAGAUCGCAGCCUACCUGAUUACAUUCGAGAAGCAUGAGGAGUGGCUGACCACAUCCCCCAAAACCAGGCCACAGAAUGGGUCCAUGAUUUUGUACAACCGGAAGAAGGUGAAGUACCGGAAGGACGGCUACUGCUGGAAGAAGAGGAAAGAUGGCAAGACCACGCGGGAGGACCACAUGAAGCUGAAGGUCCAGGGGGUGGAGUGCCUGUACGGAUGCUAUGUCCACUCCUCCAUCAUCCCCACCUUCCACCGUCGGUGCUACUGGCUGCUGCAGAACCCAGACAUCGUGUUGGUCCACUAUCUGAAUGUCCCGGCCAUAGAGGAUUGUGGGAAGCCGUGCGGGCCCAUCUUGUGCUCCAUCAACACUGACAAGAAGGAAUGGGCCAAGUGGACCAAGGAGGAGCUGAUCAGCCAACUCAAGCCCAUGUUUCAUGGCAUCAAGUGGACUUGCAGCAACGGGAACAGCAGCACCGGCUUCUCUGCCGAGCAGCUGGUGCAGCAGAUCCUGGACAGCCACCAGACCAAGCCGCCGCCCCGGACCCACAACUGCCUCUGCACAGGCUCCCUGGGUGCUGGGAGCAGCCUGCACCAUAAGUGCAACAGUGCCAAACACCGCAUCAUCUCCCCGAAGGUGGACCCGCGCUCAGGCGGCCCGUACAGUAGCCACAGCGAGGUGCAGAACAACGAUGUGUCCGAGGGGAAGACCGAGCAUAGCCACAGCAAGAAUGGCCGGGGGGGUGGCGGCGACGGUGCGGCGGCAGGAGCGCGGGAGAAGCGCAAUGGCAAGGUGGCCAAGCCGGCGCUGCUGCACCAGAGCAGCACCGAGGUGUCGUCCAGCAACCAGGUGGAGGUGCCGGACACCACGCAGAGCUCGCCCGUGUCCAUCAGCAGCGGGCUGAACAGCGAGCCCGACAUGGCCGACAGCCCGGUGGUCAGCGCCAUGGCGCACGUCACCUCCGUCAUGGGCAGCCUGUCCCAGAGCAGCGUCUUCAUGUCCGAGGUGAACGCCGACCCGGUCUACAGCAUGUCACCCACAGGGGGCGCCAACGCACACCUACUGGGCACAGAGACCACCCCGGGGGGACUGGUGCUGGCCGUGGCCACCGACGGACACAAGUUUGCCUUCCCUGGCGCGGUGGGCCUGGGAGAAGGAGCCGGUGCGGAUGGGCUCGCCAUGCUGACGGCCGGAAGCGUCUCCGAGGAGCUCGUCCUCUCCAGCAGCCUGGACACCACCACCAUCAAGCUGCCCGAGGCCACCAUGAACUUUGACCCCGACUGCUUCCUCAACAACCCCAAGCAGGGCCAGACGUACGGCGGCAACGGGCUCAAGUCCGAGAGCGGCGAGGGGGGCCUGAGCUGCUCGUCCACGCUGCCCGACACUUACGGCUUCAGCGCCGCCCUGGUGAAGAACAUCAAGACGGAGGACACGUCCUUCGAGCAGCAGCUUGCCAAGGAGAGCGGCUUCCAAGUCGGGGAGGUGGGCAGUGGCGGAGGGGGCAUCUCGGGUUCUACCGGCGGAAACGCCCCACAGAGCUCCCUGGCGCUGACCCCCACCAACUCUCUGCUGCCCACCGGCGGAGGCCUGAGCCCCAGCACCACCUUGGAGCAGAUGGACUUCAGUGCCAUCGAUGCCAAGCAGGACUACUCCGCCAGCGUCAUGUCGGCCACUGGCUACAACCAGACCCUGGGCAGCCCUCACCUGCCCCAUCAGAGCCACUCGCCCAGCUUCUUCCUGCAGAGCUCCCCUCAGUCCUCCCAGCCCCAAGGCCUUCCCACCAGCAGCAACGGCUCUGGGUCUGGGCAGGGCUCACAGGGCCCGGGGACCUACAUGGCUCUGCCUGUGGUGAAGUCUGACUCCCCGUGUGCCAACGGUACCCUCCGUUCCCAACACCAGGCCCCUUCCCACGGUGGUCAGCAUGGUGUUGCCAAAUGCAACGGCACAUCACCAACGGAGAGGAACGGGCCGUCCAACACCCUUCAGCUGCUUCAGUUCCAGAGCCGCUUCUCUGGGUCCGGCGCCGAGACCGGAGAUGUGGGGAGUCUGAAGCAGAACGGAGGCGGUGAGGAGGCUGGAGACGUUAGUGGACAAGACUCCAGGGCCGCCGACGGGCUGCUGAAGGCUGGGGACGGCGGCAUGCAGAUGUGUCGCACCAUGGGGGCGGAGGCAGGAGGAGCGGAGGGCGUAGAUCACUACCUCCAGUCCCACUCGGAGGGUAACGGGGUGACAGGAGCGGGGAAUGACGCUAGCGCCCUGUGCAAUGGCACCGAUGGGUCCAGCGCAGAGGGCAGUUCCCACUCCCAGCUGCCCCUGCUCCAAGGCACGGGGCUGGUGCAGGGCCUCUUCAGCGCGGUCACUUCCCACCAGGGCAACAACAGCGCCAGUGGCAGUGGAGGGGCCAUGGAGAUAAACCUGGACCACUUUGACGUGUCCUUUGGGAACCAGUUCUCCGACCUCAUCAACGACUUCAUCUCGGUGGAAGGCGGGGGCUCUGGGGGAGGAGCUGGAGCCGGAGGAGGCGGAGCCAACGUGGGAGCAGGAAGUAACGAGCUGUACGCUCACCAGCUGUUGGCCCACUCUGGUGCUGAGGGGCAGGUGUCGUCCGGCGCCACACCCCAGCAGGCGGGAGAGGAGGGCGGGGGAGGCGGUCAACCCUCGGUCGGGUACAGUUCAGGGGAGCUCUGCCUUCAACCUUGCUGCAGCCCCCAGGCAGGUACGGCCCCCACCGGCCCAGGUGAGGCCGGCCAGCUGGCCUACAUGCAAGUGGCAGAGGUGGCCUCAGCUGGAGUGGCCCACGGGACCAUGGAAAUCAUCCAGGCCACUGGACGUCUGUUCGUAGUGACCGACUAUUCGCCCGAGUGGUCCUACCCCGAGGGAGGGGUGAAGGUGCUUAUCACUGGCCCCUGGCAGGAGGCCAGCAGUGACUACAGCUGCCUGUUUGACCAGAUCACUGUUCCUGCCUCCCUUAUCCAACCUGGCGUGCUCCGCUGCUACUGCCCAGCCCAUGACACCGGCCUAGUGACCCUUCAGGUAACGGUGAGUGGGCAGAUCAUCUCCAACUCAGUGGUGUUUGAGUACAAGGCCCGUGCCCUGCCUGCCCUUCCCUCCUCACAGCACGACUGGCUGUCUCUGGAUGAUAACCAAUUCAGAAUGUCCAUCCUGGAGCGGCUGGAGCAGAUGGAACGCAGGAUGGCCGAGAUGGCCGGCCAGCAGUCGGCCAGCGGAGGGUCGUCUGAGAGUGGAGGAAGUGGUGGGGGUGGAGGAGGUGGCGGUGGAAGUACCAGCCAGUCACAGGAUGUGGUAAAAACCCAGGCAGGAAGCUCCUUUGAGGGGCGUGUGGUGGUGGUUUGUGAGAAGAUGAUGAACCGGGCCUGCUGGGCCAAAUCCAAGCAUUUGAUCCACUCCAAGACGUUCCGUGGCAUGACUCUCCUCCACCUGGCAGCAGCACAAGGCUACGCCACCCUCAUCCAGACCCUCAUCAAGUGGCGCACGAAGCAUGCAGACAGUAUUGAUUUGGAACUGGAGGUGGACCCGCUGAAUGUGGAUCAUUUUUCCUGUACUCCCCUGAUGUGGGCAUGUGCCCUAGGCCACGUGGAGGCAGCGCUGCUCCUCUACAAGUGGGACCGGCGGGCCCUGGCCAUCCCUGAUUCCCUGGGCCGCCUGCCACUGGCCAUCGCUCGUUCGCGUGGUCACACGCGCCUUGCCGAGUGCCUGGAACACCUCCAGAGGGACGAGCAGCAGCAGCAGCAGCAUCAUCAUCAUCAUCAUCAUCAUCGGGCGUCCAGCCCCAGCCUGGCCUUCCCUCCCGGGUUGGACGGAGCGCACGCAGACAGCUGGGUAGAGGUGUGGGGCGGAGAGGCGCUGUCUGGCAGUCUGAGGGGAACGGCAAACACCAGCAGCUCCAGCUCCAUCACGACCACCACCACCCAAGAUCUAAGAAGACCCAGGUCUGAGCCAUCCAGCUAUUAUGCCAGUGAGGCCCAAGGCGAUGGCCCAGUCACCAAGAAACACAAGCCCAACCCUGAGACUUCUUCUCUGGGCAUGGAACAGCUGAGUCAGCGGCCCAAAUCCAGUCCCCCCAAAGUACCUCGAGAGAGCGGGGCUGACAGGGAGGUCAGAGAUGGAGGGCAGUCUGGAGCCAGGCAGGGGGCCUCCACUGGUCGUCUGAGCUGGAAAGCAGGAUCGGGCAGGAAGGGGGCCGGGGUCUCUGGAGGUGGCACCCUGGGGAAGGAGAGGCUGGCCAGCCGACUGAGGAUGCAGGAGGUCUCCGGGGCCGGAGAUGUUUCCGAGCUGCUCUCCGGUCAGGAGAAUAUGGAAAACACAGAGGACCUACAGAUGAACAUGAUGACUCUGGCUGAACACAUUAUUGAGGCCACACCUGAACGCAUCAAGAGAGAGAACUUUGUCCCAAAAGACACCACACCUGUUGACAGCUCUUCAGUCAACAGCACAGUGAAUUGGUUGGCCAGCUACCUUGGUGAUGCUGAACGGUUCCCUUACAACAAACUAGGCGGCACCAUCCCGGGCCUGGGCUCCGGUUCGUCCAGCGGGACCCCCGAGCUGGAGGGCUCCCUGGGAAAGCUGGGUCUCCCCUCCCUGGCCGACUGGACAGCCUUCCUCAGCGUCUCUCACACCAAGGCGGAGCAGGACCUGGCCCAGUUGGCCCUGAGUGACCCGGAGCAACGGGAGCUGUACGAGGCCGCUCGGCAGGUCCAGAGCACCUUCCGCAAGUAUAAGGGACAGCCACUCCGCGAACAGCAGGAAGUGGCAGCCGCUGUUAUUCAGCGCUGUUAUAAAAAAUACAAACAGCUGACCUGGAUAGCCUUGAAGUAUGCACUUUAUAAGAAGAUGACGCUGGCCGCCAUCCUGAUUCAAAGCAAGUUCCGCAGCUACCACGAGCAGAAGAAGUUCCAGCAGAGUCGGCGUGCAGCCAUGCUGAUCCAGCAGUACUACCGCAGUUACAAGGAGCUGGGCCACCCCAGCCUCCCCAGCCGUGCCCGCACCGCUGCCCUGGUGCAGCACAAACUCAGAAGCAGUCUGUGGACAAAGAGGCAAGACCAGGCUGCCAGGAAAAUUAUGAGGUUCCUACUGAGAUGUCGUCAUAGCCCCUUGAUGGACCAUAGACUGUUCAAACGGGGCGAGAGAAUUGAGAAAGGCCAAGGAACAUGAGAGCUUGCCGAAGAGCCCUACCGCAGUGUGACAUCUCUAAAGACUUCCUCUUCCUCCCUUUUUUCCCUCUUUCUACCGGAGAUGAACAUUUUACAACGGACAAAACAAACUUCUGUAAACAACAAAACAAGGAUACAUGUGAUUACUACGACUUACAGUUGUCUACUAAAGCUACAGCAUCUUUUUUCUCUUUCUAUCAAGGGGAAACUGGAGAGUUCUGUCAAACUCAAGACUCUUCUGGGGAAAUAUAAUAUUCAAUCCAUGGCAUUUUUGCACUCUUCAUAGAUUUUUUUUUAAAGAGCAAAAAAAUAAAAUCAAGAAAUGGGAAGAAAAAACAAAAGGAUAAAAGAAAGGAAAUACUGAAUCGAAAAACACAUCUGAAGUCUAAGGUGUUCUUUUGGUAGCAAGUGUAAGAUAUGGAACAUGAGCGUUUUCAGACGGAAAUGACUUUGCAUAUACAUGCAUAAUCAUGCUGGAACCUGCUUCUGAUAACAUUUUUUUGUAAAAAAAAGAAGGAAAAAUCAAUUUGAAACAAAGAAACAACAAAAAAAAAAAAACACCAUAAACCAAAUGAACUGCCUCAUCUCCUCGACCAUAUGCAUGCAAUUAUUUUCCAUAGGCUCAGUGUAUGAACUUCACCCAUCUUUGUUUCUGACAAGCCAUCCUCUUGUUCAGUGGAAGGGGUUGGCCACAGAUGAAUGUAGGAGGGGUCAGGGCAAAGACAGUGUGGGGUGUGGUGGAGUGCCUGUGUCAAAUUUUGUGUCUUUUUGGGGGCAUCGGGUGAUGUUGAGUGGGAGGGAUAAGUCAGAUAUGGGGUUAUCCCUUUGUGUGUGUAUGUGUGUGUGUGUGUGUGUGUGUGCGGGUGAGCACUGACUUUUUAAUGAAUCCUUUUCUUACUGUCACCUCGCCGCUGGCCUGACUUUGUGAGUCCUGUGUUUGUUGACUUUAACCUGAGAAUAAUGCAUGUGUUUGAGCAACAACGGCUCCUGCAUGCUGAUGUAACAAGUUUGUGUUUUUGAGUUCUUAUUUUUUAUAUUGUGGCGUCGUUCUCAACCUCCCCGUUGACUGCUACUUCCCUUUCUGACGAUGACCUUUUAGUACAGAUCUUAUCAGUGUCAUGGGAAAAUGCCACUGUUGUGGGAAAUGACAUGUCAUGAUUAGUUUUGUAUCUUGCAACUUUGUUUUUGCUCAAAUUUGUACUUUUCAUAUGUUUGUUUUCAUUUUCAAAUAUCUUUGCUCAUGUUAAUUAUUUCUAGAGUUUUCUAGAGGUCAAAUCUCUUUUGUGCCACAAAGCCAAUAUUUUUGCUAGUUGCCAUCUUUGUUGUGCUGUGGUGUGGUAUCAAUAGUUAUCAUUGUUGCUGUCAUUUUAUUUUGAUGAACUCUUGAAAGCUAAAAAGUGGCUUUUGGGGGAAUGAUCACAUAACAUUGCCUUGACUUCUUAAAGACUUUCCAAAAGGUCCCUACUUAAGAUCUCUCACUGGAGAUGAAAUCCAUAUUUUUGACUAUUGAUCGGCCUCUGUACAUAAAGAAUUGAUGUGAGGAUGCAUGGAAUUCCAGAACCUUUAUCUGAAAAGGAUUGUAUUUAAGAAAAUAUAUUAUUUUAUUCACAAAUGGGGUAAUAACAUGAUAAGAGACAACAACAAAAAUAUAUUGUAUAGUUUUGUUCGAACGCCCAAGAGGUAUGGUUGUACUGUUUGUACAUAAUGUAAAUAUCUGAUGCAAAGACAGAGCCAUGUGCAUGAGUCCUGACCGACACAAAAUAUGUUUAAAAAAUGACAUUAGUGGCUAUAAUCUGUACAAUGAACUCCAAUGAUUUCACUGCAACAUUUUCUUUCAUUUUUUUCUUUCAUUUGAGGAGCAUUAACUGAAGCAUGCCAUUUCUGCAGAAUAAGGACAAAAGAAAAAAAAAUGUAGAGCUAGAGGAAGGCAAAUGAAUCCCUUCAGAAAUGAUUUAGUUACUUGUUUAUCUGUUUUGAGCUACCACAUAUAUUGAACCCUUUUUAUUUGCCAAUGGUGCCCAGCAAUGUGAAUACUCUAUAGAUUAACAGGAGAUUAUUUAAUCUUUAUGCUCAAGAACAAGUGAUCACAAGAAUACAAGAUGUUAAGUCACGUUACCUCGUCAUGAUGCCACAUUUUCACCAUCAUGUUGAAAGAUCUUAAUAAUUUACCAACGAACGAAAACCACAUAAGUCUCUAGUACUCACUGGCAGUGAUAGCAAUCAGUCAACAUGACCACCUUUCCUACACUUAAUGCUGAACAUGAAAAAUAUUCCACUAAGGAUUUUAAAAUACUGUAACAUUGUACAAGGAUAAGAGGAUGCUGAAAUAUGAGGAUUGUCCAUUAGGGAGAUAUCAGCCAAAAGAAUCGAAGAUGGACUCACCACUGGUUGUUAUCGAGAUGCAUAAUCUGUCACAGAUCAGAAUGUAGUGAAAAUGCACCACAAAAUUCAAUGAAACUCAAGGUUUGAUUUCAUCCACUUGAUAUGAAUGUCUGUCCCCAAUAAACUGGUUUUAUGUUCAGGA